AUGCGGCGUCAGACGGAGCACAUCGACGGAGAGCCUCAGGGCUUCUUGCAGAUGGUUCUUGGCUUUGCCGUAAUGGUCUUUGGCCUCGGCAUACAAGGCGCGCGCCUCGGCGGAGCGUCGAUAGACAUUCUGGCGCUGCUGAAGACGCUGGGCCGUGCUGGCAACACUGAUGCUGCUGUGAUUGCUCCGAAUCAGGGACUGGACGUCUGCAACGGAGCUCCCUCGAGCUUUGGAUGA